CAGGCUCGCAGCUCUUCUGACCCCCCUUCCCACGAUGGCAGCUCUUAGGGCCCAGAUUGGGGAAGUUGCCAUCUAAGGAGGAGAUGCCUUCACCAUCAGUCUGCAAAACUGCCUCUUCUAUGAAGCCAUGCUUGACACCUGGAGACACAGGCCCCUCCCACAGAUAACAUCUAGUCCACCCCUCUCCUGCAGUGUCAGUGUGGUGAUCAUUUCUCCUCACCAUAGAAGCUGCUGGAAGAGCUGAGUGUGCAGCCACCGCUCCGGAGCCUGCGGUUCCCACCAGCCAGGUGCCGUGAUCCCGCUGCCCACCAUGCAGCCCCAGUCGGUCCUGCACAGCGGCUACUUCCACCCGCUGCUCCGCACCUGGCAGACAGCCGCCACGACCCUCAGUGCCUCCAACCUCAUCUACCCCAUCUUUGUCACGGACGUUCCUGAUGACGUACAGCCCAUCAGCAGCCUCCCAGGAGUGGCCAGGUAUGGUGUAAACCGGCUGGAAGAGAUGCUGAAGCCCCUGGUGGAAGAGGGCCUGCGCUGUGUCCUGGUCUUUGGAGUCCCCAGCAGAGUCCCCAAGGAUGAGCGGGGUUCGGCAGCCGACUCCGAGGACUCCCCGGCUAUCGAGGCCAUCCGCCUGUUGCGCAAGACAUUCCCCAGCCUUCUGGUGGCCUGCGACGUCUGCCUGUGCCCUUACACCUCCCAUGGUCACUGUGGGCUCCUGAGCAAGAAUGGGGCCUUCCUGGCUGAGGAGAGCCGCCAGCGGCUAGCAGAAGUGGCACUGGCCUAUGCCAAGGCAGGAUGUCAGGUGGUAGCCCCAUCGGACAUGAUGGACGGACGCGUGGAAGCCAUCAAGGAGGCUCUGAUGGCACAUGGACUUGGCAACAGGGUGUCAGUGAUGAGCUAUAGUGCCAAAUUUGCAUCCUGUUUCUACGGACCUUUCCGGGACGCGGCGCAGUCCAGCCCGGCUUUUGGAGACCGCCGCUGCUACCAGCUGCCGCCGGGAGCGCGGGGCCUGGCCCUCCGAGCAGUGGCCCGGGAUGUACGGGAAGGAGCCGACAUGCUCAUGGUGAAGCCGGGAAUGCCCUACCUGGACGUCGUGCGGGAGGUCAAGGACAAGCACCCUGAGCUCCCUCUUGCCGUGUACCACGUUUCCGGAGAGUUUGCCAUGCUGUGGCACGGAGCCCGGGCCGGGGCGUUUGAUCUCAAGGCUGCUGUUCUGGAGGCCAUGACUGCCUUCCGCCGCGCAGGUGCCGACAUCAUCAUCACCUACUACACACCUCAGCUAUUGCAGUGGCUGAAGGAGGAGUGAUGGAGACCGAGCACAAGACCAACAGCUAGGACUUUUAAAAGGUCCCAGGGCCUUGGAGAAGUGAAAACCAAAGUAAAUGCUGCUUUAGAACUGUG